GGGAUUGUAAUGGCGACGGGAUUGCCGUCGUACACAAGUUUCCUAAACUGGGAACGGUAAUGUUACUGUAUUUUGAGACUGGCAAAUGCAUACUGUAAUGUGAGCUGGUGUACACAAGUUAUAUCAUGGCAGAUGAUGACGUAGCUGCUGUCGUAAUCGACAACGGUUCUUAUAAAAUCAAGGCGGGGUUUGCCGGAGAUGAUUGCCAUAGAUCUGUUUUCUCGACCGUAGUUGGACGACCUGGUCGCCCAGCAUAUCAGGUAUCUGGCAGUGAUCAUAAGGAGUUUUACGUUGGUGACGAGGCUCAGCACAGACGUUCAGUGCUUAAUUUGAAUUAUCCAAUAGAACAUGGCAUCAUCACGAAUUGGGACGACAUGGAGAAAAUUUGGCAGCAUUGUUUUGAUGACGAACUGAGGGUAGACCCAGCGGAGCAUCCUAUAAUUAUGACAGAACCCCCAUUAAAUCCAAAAACGCAAAAAGAAAGGACUGUUCAAGUGAUGUUUGAAAAAUUUAAUACGGCCGGCUUUUUUCUUGCCUUGUCGUCCAAACUUGCUUUAUACGCUUCCGGUCGUGGUUCAGGUAUCACUGUGGAUGUAGGAGACGGUGUUUCAUAUGCUAUGACGAUUUAUGAAGGGCACUGUAUUAUGCCGGCUACAAGACGACUUGAUUUUGGCGGACGGGAUUUGACACUGAAUCUGCAAAAAUUGCUACACGAGAAAGGAUAUGAUUUUGUAAAUAAUUCUGAAUUGGAGGUUGUUAGAGAAAUGAAAGAAAAGCUGUGUUAUGUAGCUUUAGAUUGUGACCAAGAGGUCGGAAAUGUUCCCGAUGAGAAAUUUGAGCUUCCGGAUGGAAACACAAUCACAAUCGGGAAAGAGAGGUUUAUGUGCCCGGAAGCUUUAUUUGGACCUAUACCGGGUGUAGGAUCUGGAGGUAUAGUGGAUCUGUUGCAGAGUAAUUUGGAUGCAACAGACGUAGACUGCAAAAAAGAUUUAUUAUGUAAUGUCAUUCUGUCAGGAGCAACUACUAUGUUCCCUGGUUUUCCUGAGAGAAUUAGGAAAGGAAUAGAAUCUUUUGUUCCAAAAACAAUGAAAGUGAAAGUGAUGGCUAACCCAGAACGUAAAUCCUCAGUGUGGAUUGGUGGAUCUAUUUUAGGAUCUUUAUCCACAUUUCAAACAUACUGGAUAACCAAACAGGAAUACGAAGAAUAUGGACCAACAAUCGUGCAUAGGGGAGAUUGACGAAUGGAAACUCAAAAUAACCAGAACUGACUGGUUCAGAAUAUAAAGCAUUCUGGGUAAUAUCUUCAACAAUGAACAAAACAAUAAACAAAUUGACAACAGUCAUUUCAAAAACUAAGGCAAUUAUACCCGUUAUUUUCAACUCAUAAAACUAGCAAAAAAUGUAAUGUGAUAUUGAAUCAUUGUUUUUGUCUUCUUUUGUCUAUAAAUUAAAUGCCUUAUAUCAACUUUUA